GCCAACAGUACGUUAACCGUCCACUCUUUGCUUCUUCCUCUCCCUCACGCAUUCUCUCUCUCUCUCUCUCUCUCUCUCUCUCUCUCUCUAAAUGCAUUCCCCCAUUUUCCAAUCCUCCACUCUCUUCUCCCCUCUCUCUGUGUUCCCAAACUUGUUGAGGUCUUCUUCAAUGGGUAGUAAUAAUGAUGGGAAGGAGCUAAACAAUAAUGGGGCAGGAGAAGUUAACAGUGAUGCUGAUUUUGGCUCUCCAAUAAAUGCUAGGGUUCCCUUCACUAACCUCAGCCAGGUGGAAUCUGAUCGGGCUAUUGCGAAGACUCUACAGCAACAGGAAAGAGCAUAUAUGAUGUUCAAGAGGGACAGGGAGUUGGCUGAAGACUCACUGUCCACAAGUACCAGUUAUGGUGAUGGAGACUAUGAAGAAGAGGAAGAAGAUAGUGAUGCCGAAGAUGAUGAUUAUGAUGACGAAUUUGAUGUUGAAUCACAUAUCAGUGCGAGAAGGGAGCAGAUUGAUGGUGAGACAAAUGAAAGGGAUAUAGAAAGAGAUGAAGCUCAUGACAUGGCUGAUCGUAUGUCAGCCCUUGCUGGCAUUAAUGACUGGGAAAUUGAGAAUUUGGAAGAACUCAGCACAAACUACGAGGAUACAUCUGAAGAUGUUGAUCCAGAUGAGUUGUCCUAUGAGGAGUUGAUUGCACUAGGUGAAGUAGUUGGAACACAAAGUAAAGGCCUAUCUUCCAAUAUCAUAUCAUCCUUGCCUUCUAUUGUUUUUAGGCCUGCAUCUGCCAAUGACGGCAAUCUUGAUCAGUGUGCGAUAUGUCAAGUGGACUAUGAAGAAGGAGAAGCACUCGUGAACCUUCCCUGUAAACAUGCAUACCAUUUGGAGUGCAUAAACAAUUGGUUUCAAAUAAACAAGGUAUGUCCUGUCUGCAAUAAAGAGGUUUCGACUUUGAACAAAUAGGUUGGGGGGUGGAUUAACUUGGUCUGUUUUCCUCCAUCAUUGGAUCCCAUCUAGAAUAAUAGUGGUGCCAGUUUGUGUGGCUUGAUCAAAAGAAACCAACCAAUACAUCAUUUGUUAUGUGAUGGAAGAAUUAGAUCUCUUGAGCAAAAUAAAAUAUGACUUUAUUGCUCAGGGGGUGAUUUGAAAAUGUAAAAUGUAUGUUGUCAUAGUGCAUGAAUAUGGUCAAUUUGGUUCAAAUAUAGCUUAUGGCCCUACUUUGAGCUGCCUUUGCCCAUAUGGCUAGUACUUCUUUCUUUGUUUUUAUUAAAUAAUACUGUUCAAUGGAAGGGACCAUGGUCAGAAGUUCCAUUUGCAAUGGGGAAGUGUAUAAAUGACCAUGCCAAUGCUGUUGACAAGCAGUUCUGCCUUAUUUGGGUGCUGCUUUGCAGCAUGUAAUUCAUUGUUUAUUAUUCUUACA